GCAGCGGCUCGGGCAGAGGGGCGGGAGCAGAGGCUGGAGCGGACGGGCUCGGGAGAGGCGGCGGAAUGGUGGACUACCACGCGGCGAACCAGUCGUACCAGUACGGCCCCAGCAGUGGGAGCAAUGGCGCUGGCGGCGGGGGUAGCAUGGGAGACUACAUGGCCCAGGAGGACGACUGGGACCGGGACCUGCUGUUGGACCCGGCCUGGGAGAAGCAGCAGCGCAAGACCUUCACAGCCUGGUGCAACUCCCACCUGCGGAAGGCGGGCACGCAGAUCGAGAACAUCGAUGAGGACUUCCGAGACGGGCUCAAGCUCAUGCUCCUCCUGGAGGUCAUUUCAGGGGAGCGGUUACCUAAGCCGGAGCGGGGCAAGAUGAGAGUGCACAAAAUCAACAACGUGAACAAGGCCCUGGACUUCAUCGCCAGCAAAGGUGUCAAGCUGGUCUCCAUCGGGGCGGAAGAGAUUGUGGACGGCAACGCGAAGAUGACCCUGGGGAUGAUCUGGACCAUCAUCCUCAGGUUCGCCAUCCAGGACAUCUCUGUGGAAGAGACCUCUGCCAAGGAGGGGCUCCUCCUCUGGUGCCAGAGAAAGACGGCUCCGUACAAGAACGUCAACGUGCAGAACUUCCACAUCAGCUGGAAAGACGGUCUUGCCUUCAACGCCCUGAUCCACCGGCACAGACCAGAACUGAUCGAGUACGACAAGCUGAGAAAGGACGAUCCCGUCACCAACCUGAACAAUGCCUUCGAAGUGGCUGAGAAAUACCUCGACAUUCCCAAGAUGCUAGAUGCAGAGGACAUCGUGAACACGGCCCGGCCCGACGAGAAGGCCAUAAUGACCUAUGUGUCCAGCUUCUACCAUGCCUUUUCGGGAGCGCAGAAGGCUGAGACCGCUGCCAACCGGAUCUGCAAGGUGCUGGCCGUCAACCAGGAGAAUGAGCACCUGAUGGAAGAUUAUGAGAGGCUGGCCAGCGACCUCCUGGAGUGGAUCCGGCGCACCAUCCCCUGGCUGGAGGACCGCGUGCCCCAGAAGACCAUCCAGGAAAUGCAGCAGAAGCUGGAGGACUUCCGCGACUACCGGCGGGUCCACAAGCCGCCCAAGGUGCAGGAGAAGUGCCAGCUGGAGAUCAACUUCAACACGCUGCAGACCAAGCUGCGCCUCAGCAACCGGCCCGCCUUCAUGCCCUCCGAGGGCAAGAUGGUGUCGGACAUCAACAACGGCUGGCAGCACCUGGAGCAGGCCGAGAAGGGCUACGAGGAGUGGCUGCUGAACGAGAUCCGCCGGCUGGAGCGGCUCGACCACCUGGCAGAGAAGUUCCGGCAGAAGGCCUCCAUCCACGAGGCCUGGACCGAUGGGAAGGAGGCCAUGCUGAAGCACCGGGACUAUGAGACGGCCACCCUGUCGGACAUCAAGGCCCUCAUCCGCAAGCAUGAAGCCUUCGAGAGCGACCUGGCCGCCCACCAGGACCGCGUGGAGCAGAUUGCCGCCAUCGCCCAGGAGCUCAACGAGCUGGAUUACUACGACUCCCACAAUGUCAACACGCGCUGCCAGAAGAUCUGUGACCAGUGGGAUGCCCUUGGCUCUCUGACCCACAGUCGCAGGGAAGCCCUGGAGAAAACGGAGAAGCAGCUGGAGACCAUUGACCAGCUGCACCUGGAGUACGCCAAGCGGGCGGCCCCCUUCAACAACUGGAUGGAGAGCGCCAUGGAGGACCUCCAGGACAUGUUCAUCGUCCACACCAUCGAGGAAAUCGAGGGUCUGAUCUCAGCCCAUGACCAGUUCAAGUCGACACUGCCGGAUGCUGACAGGGAGCGGGAGGCCAUCCUGGCCAUCCACAAGGAAGCCCAGCGGAUCGCCGAGAGCAACCACAUCAAGCUCUCAGGCAGCAACCCCUACACCACCGUCACUCCCCAGAUCAUCAACUCCAAGUGGGAGAAGGUGCAGCAGCUGGUGCCCAAGCGGGACCACGCCCUCCUGGAGGAGCAGAGCAAACAGCAGUCCAACGAGCACCUCCGCCGCCAGUUUGCCAGCCAGGCCAACAUCGUGGGGCCCUGGAUCCAGACGAAGAUGGAGGAGAUCGGGCGCAUCUCCAUCGAGAUGAACGGGACGCUGGAGGACCAGCUGAGCCACCUGAAGCAGUAUGAGCGCAGCAUCGUGGACUACAAGCCCAACCUGGACCUGCUUGAGCAGCAGCACCAGCUCAUCCAGGAGGCCCUCAUCUUCGACAACAAGCACACCAACUAUACCAUGGAGCACAUCCGGGUGGGCUGGGAGCAGCUGCUCACCACCAUCGCCCGCACCAUCAACGAGGUUGAGAACCAGAUCCUCACCCGCGACGCCAAGGGCAUCAGCCAGGAGCAGAUGCAGGAGUUCCGGGCGUCCUUCAACCACUUCGACAAGGACCAUGGCGGGGCGCUGGGGCCGGAAGAGUUCAAGGCCUGCCUCAUCAGCCUGGGCUACGACGUGGAGAACGACCGGCAGGGCGAUGCCGAGUUCAACCGCAUCAUGAGCGUGGUGGACCCCAACCACAGCGGCCUCGUGACCUUCCAAGCCUUCAUCGACUUCAUGUCGAGGGAGACCACCGACACAGACACGGCUGACCAGGUCAUCGCCUCCUUCAAGGUCCUGGCUGGGGACAAGAACUUCAUCACAGCCGAGGAGCUGCGGAGAGAGCUGCCGCCCGACCAGGCCGAGUACUGCAUCGCCCGCAUGGCACCCUACCAGGGCCCCGACGCCGUGCCCGGCGCCCUCGACUACAAGUCCUUCUCCACAGCCCUGUACGGAGAGAGCGACCUGUGAGGCCCGCUCGGAGCACCCCCGAGCAAACGGCCCUCCCUCACAGCCUCCCAGAGGGGCUGGGGAGCCCCUCCAUCCCACCUCCCCACCGCGAGGGCCCCGGCCGCUCCUCUGACUCUGUAUCUAUGCAAAGCACUCUCUGUCAGUCUUGCUGGGGGGGCGGGUGGGCAGGGAGGGGCUGGGGCAGGCUCUCUCCUCUCUCUCUGUGGUCGGCCGCAAGGCUCUCCCUCCCCCUGGAUGGGGGCCGGGGAGGCUUACCGGGGUCAGCGCUUCUGGUCUGGUAAAUAUAUAUGAUGUGUUGUUUCCUUUUGGGUUUUUUUUUUUCUAACUUUGUGGAGGGAACAGUGGAUCCUCACAGCAAAACAGGCCCCCUCCAAGCCCUAGAAACGGCACCCCCACCCCUUCUCCCCCGAGGUCCCUUCAAGGCCUCCUACAUCCAGGCCAAAGCCCGACGUGCCUUGUUCAGGAACCGCCGAACCUGCAAUGGGCCCCGCAGAGGGUGCCCGGGCCGCCCGGCAGGAAAGAGGACCUGCCUGCUCCAUCUCCCCUCCCCUCCAGCUUGGCGUUGCCAGGACGUGAGGGGCUUCAGCUCAGUCCCCCCUCUUCUGCGAUAGGAGUGGGGCCAGGCAGACGAGCCUCCGGCCCUCAUCCCGACACUCCCCUCUUUGCUUUGUCUGGACCUGUGUAUCUCUUCAGAUUUUCUAAGGACCACCCUCCUUCCCCAAACUGCGCCCCCCUCCUCUUGACACACACACACACACACACACAAAUUCACACAAAAAAAGCUAUAAAAUCAAUCUUUCAGAGAAUUACUAUUUACUUUAUUAACUUACGGAUUUAUUAUAUAAAUAUAUAUUCACCUAGCAACAUAUCUCCGCCGCCUCUUGCUCUCAUAAUGAAGACAUAGCUGAUUGGCUCCCCUCCCCCAGCCCCUCACCGAUUCUCUCUGAUGUCUGCCGUCGGGCAUGGGUCUCUGGGGACCCUCCUGAGGUGGAGGGUGGGCUGCUGGCCUAGUUGCCUGUUAGUGGAUGGUUUUGCUCUCCCUUCCCUAACCGCCCCGCCCCCCCCCCCCCCCCGCCUUAUUUUUUUGAGUUUAUUCUUGAUUAUUUUUUCCCAGUUUCUGGAUAAACCUCCC